AUGGCCACAUUUCCACCAGGUCGCCGCUCGCACCGAAAGUCGCGGGCAGGAUGCGCGCAAUGCAAAAAGCGGAAAGUCAAGUGCGAUGAGAGCCGGCCUCAUUGCCGCAACUGUGAAAAGCACGGGGUGGUCUGUUCCUUCACCAGCACCCCAUCCGCACUCUUGACCCCAAAAGCGGAAAGCGCAGUAUCACCAGUCUCACUAUCUGGACCCGAAAGUGUGGGAUCCGGAAGAGCUCCUCCUUCAGCACAAGGACCACAGCUAUUGCCAAGUCUGUCUUCGUUGGGACCAUUUCCUUCGACAUUGGCUGUUUUCGACCUAGAGUUGUUGCACCACUGGACAACAUCAACUUGCUACACGCUAUCACGAAGCCCAGCAGUACAGACUGUUUGGCGAGAUGAAGCACCUCGCAUUGGCUUUGCGACGCCCGCAGUAUUGCACACCUUGUUGGCAUUUUCCGCGCUACAUUUAGCCCGCUCGGAUGAAUCCCGACGCGGAACUUGCCUUGCUCAUGCACAGAUGCACCAUAGCACGGCGGUGAGACAGAUAAUCCCACUUGUCUCACCUCUUGCCCGAGACAACGGUGCUGCGCUUUUCCUUUUCUCUACUCUGACAUGCAUGUUCUCCUGCGCCAAGCCCUCAGAAGACGGCGAUUUUCUAGUCCUCUUUGAACGAGGCACUCUGUCAGAAUGGGCCCGACUUUUCCGAGGGACGACGACCGUUAUCCGCACAGGCGGGGAAGAUCUUCGUACUGGGAGGUUAGCGCCGAUUUUCACAAACGGGACAUAUCUGGUUGCUGCCCAUAGAUCACCACAGGCUCUUGAACAGGGUAAACCCCAUGUCUGGGAGUUGCAACGGAUGAUGUGGAGGGAGUGUGCGGCUGACCCGUCGCUUCGGAGCAUCUACCAGGAUGCUAUAGAUGAACUCGCGCGAACACUGGGUCUAGCCAUUAAGCCUGGCGUCACGCGGAGGCUGGAGACUGCAGAUGUCUUUCGAUGGCUUCUUGAUGUGUCGGAUGAGUAUCUAAAUCUUCUGUGCCAGGAAGCUCCGAUUGCGCUUGUUGUAUUUGCUUAUUGGUGUGCGUCCGUUCGUCAGAUCGAGUGGAUGUGGUGGAUGGAAGGUCUAAGCUCGCGUCUUAUGACACAAAUCUACUCUGUGUUGGAUCAGAGGUAUCGAGACUGGCUCUCGUGGCCUCGGGAUAUCAUAACUGGGAGUUAUGAUCAGUUCAAUUGA